GGGGGGAGACGUUGGUGUUUUCCUCACCGGGUCAGAGGCGUUGGAGGCCGGGCAGGGGUGGUUCGCCGUGGUUAUAAGUGAGCAAUGUGCUGGAGGGAGGAACUUCCGCCUCCUUGCUAAUAAAGGAGCAGCAGGCAUUUCAGUAGGACUAUGGAGGAGCUGGUUCACGAUCUAGUCUCAGCACUGGAAGAAAGUUCAGAGCAAGCACGAGGAGGUUUUGCUGAUACUGGAGAUCAUUCUCGCAGCGUGUCUUGUCUUCUCAAGCGUCAGGCAAGGAAAAGGAGGGGACGCAAAAGGCGUUCAUUUACCACCCAUCAUCCCUGGGAGACUGGCCACUGCUUAAGCGAAGGUUCUGAUUCCAGUUUAGAGGAAUCAAACAAAGACUACAGGGAGAAUCAUGCUAAUAAGAAAGACCACAGUGACUCUGAUGACCAGUUGUUGGUUGCUAAGCGCAGGCCUUCCUCAAACUUAAAUAACAUUAGAGGCAAAAGGCCUCUGUGGCAUGAACCAGAUUUAGCUGUCGACAGUUUAGGAAACAGAAUUUUGCGCAGGAGAAGAAAGGUAAAACGGAUGGCAAUAGAUCUGCCAUCAGAAGUCUCUAAUGCACUGACAAUAACUCAACAGCAGGAUAACAGCAGAGAUCAAGAAAUGGACAAUAACAAUAAAUCAUACCAACACCAAGAGUUCUCCAAGAACAAAGUGAAAAAAAGAAAAGUAGCAGCAGCUCGACAAGGACCAGAAGUCUUGGAUGAAGGAGUAGUUAUAGAAAGUGAAGAAGUGACCCAAGCAAAUAAGGACAAAAUGGAGUAUGAAGAGCAAAAAGGCUCAGAUGAGAACAUGAGUGACAGUGAAUCCAGCAGUCUGAGCAGCAGUGAUGCUGGUUUGUUUACCAAUGAUGAGGGAAGACAAGGUGACGAUGAGCAGAGUGAUUGGUUUCAUGAAAAUGAACCUGGUGGAGCAUGUGGAAUUACUGGAGUCAUUCCAUGGUGGGAACAAGAAGACGCUACAGAACUUGAAAGAGAAUUGCCUGAUCCAGUCUUCGAAAGUAUUUUAACUGGGACUUUUCCUCUCAUGUCCCAUUCAGGGAGGAGAGGUUUCCAGAGUAGAUUUAGUCAUCUUCAUGGAAUGCCAGCAAGAAACAUAAAAAAGGCUUCAGGAAACCAGAAUGCAUUGAUAACUCCAGGACCAGGCGGUAGCAGGAAAACAGUUCACAUGUCCCAGGAUUGUCUUCACCAUGACCACUGGUUUAGCCCUGGGGCUAGGAAGGAACAUAGCCAGCUUCAGCUCUUGCGAGACAACCGCUCAGAGAGAGGACACAAGAAAAACAGCUCUGUAAAAACAGCAAGCAGGCAAACCAGUGUACAUUUAGGAUCAUUGUGCAUGGGAGACAUCAAACGGAGAAGGAAAGCUGCUCCCCUGCCAGGACCUACAGGGUUUGUAGGUGAAAACACCCAACCAAUCCCAGAAAACAACAUUGGGAACAGAAUGCUUCAGAGCAUGGGCUGGACCCCUGGUACGGGCCUAGGACCGGACGGCAAAGGGAUUGCAGAACCAAUACGAGCUAUCCAGAGACCAAAAGGACUCGGACUUGGAUUUAGCUGACAGAAAUGCGCUCUGGCUGCCUGAUAAAAAUAAGGCUAAAAAUUAAUUUUAAAAGACACACAAAACAAAAAAGAAAAAGUAAAUUUACAUCAUUUGUUGUGAUCAGCAAAUCCUGUUAUUCUUCUCUCAAAGAUCACUGAAGUCAAUCUGCUUCACAUUAGCUACACCAGCUGCAAGGUACAGCCACAGUGACAGACCCGGCAUUCAAGUCUUAACUUUAUAAUGGUGCUAAAAUGUACAAAAAUUUCUACUUUUUUAGUUUCUGUUGUCUUAAAGUUUGUAUUCAGCAUAAAAUUCCAUAUAUUCACUUCUGGCACAGCAGGUUUUAGUAUAUAAGCAAAUUUACUUCUUCUUUCUGUAAGUAUAAUUUCAGCUGAAGAAUCUUGAUCAGAUUCAUCAGGGAAAACAGAACUUUUUACAGCUCUUGUGUUUCCCCCCUUUUCAGGCAUAGUUUCCAAACCUGGUAUUUCUAGUGUUUAACAGUAUUUGAGGAUAAGCUGUCAUUUUAUACACGUUUCCCACUGGAAGGUGAUAUGGUAUGCAGUUUUUGUAUAAGGGCACGAAAAAUGGCUUUGUUGUCAUAGGAAUGCCAUUCCAACGCUAUUAUCUGGCAAUGUAUCACUGUCUUCCACAUUGAAGCUCAAAAGUAAAGCUUUUAUACUUGUUUUUACA